AUGGCUGCCAAUACUAGAUAUGAGCCCGCGCCGCAGCGCGACUCUUUUGAAGAGCGUGCUUACACUCAGCCCCCGCCCUCUUAUCAGGCAACGGCCGAUUACACGCAGGCGGCGCCUCGCAGCGAAGACGAUAAUGUUCCCGAUGACUUCAAGUUCGGCGGCACUGUGGCGGAGGGCACCCUGCCCAUUCGUAUGCAGUUCAUCCGCAAGGUCUAUGCGAUUCUGACGGUGCAACUCCUCCUCACGACGGUGAUGAGCUCGAUCUCCUUCUUCAGCCCCAGCUACCGGAACUGGAUCCAGUCCAACUUCUGGGUGAUGAUCCUGUCGGUGUUCGGGGCGCUGGGCUUUAUGCUGGUGACCUACUGGAAGCGCAAGUCGUACCCGGCCAACUUGCUGUUCCUGUCGGGCUUCACGAUCAUGGAGGCCUACUCGAUCAGCGUGGUGACCUCGCUGUACGAGAGCCGGAUCGUGCUGCAGGCGCUGGUGAUCACGCUGGGCCUGUUCGUCGCCCUGACGCUGUUCGCGUGCCAGACCAAGUACGACUUCACGCACUGGAUGCCCUACCUGUUCGGCGCGCUGUGGUUCUUGAUCCUCUUCGGCUUCAUGGCCAUGUUCUUCCCCGGCAACAGCACCGUCGAGCUCGUCUACGGCGGCGUCGCCGCCCUCGUCUUCGCCGGCUACAUCCUCGUCGACACCCAGCUCGUCAUGCGCCACUACCACGUCGAGGAGGAGAUCGCCGCCUCCAUCUCCCUCUACCUCGACAUCUUGAACUUGUUCCUCGCCAUCCUGCGCAUCUUGAACAGCCAGAGCAAUAACUAA